CUCGGGAGGCAGCGGCGACUUUGGGGAAAGUUGAUCAGAGAGGGGAGGAAGCCCCAAGACGCGGAGCAGAGGCAGGAAGGAGCACCCGGCAGCCCGGAGGAGUAUGGGCACCCUACGGGAUUUACAGUAUGCGCUCCAGGAGAAGAUCGAGGAGCUGAGGCAGCGGGAUGCUCUCAUCGACGAGCUGGAGCUGGAGUUGGAUCAGAAGGACGAACUGAUCCAGAAGCUGCAGAACGAGCUGGACAAGUACCGCUCGGUGAUCCGACCGGCCACCCAGCAGGCGCAGAAGCAGAGCGCUAACACCUUGCAGGGUGAGCCGCGCACCAAGCGACAGGCGAUUUCCGCGGAGCCCACCGCCUUCGACAUCCAGGAUCUCAGCCAUGUGACCCUGCCCUUCUACCCCAAGAGCCCACAGUCCAAGGAUCUUAUAAAGGAAGCCAUCCUCGAUAAUGACUUCAUGAAGAACUUGGAGCUGUCGCAGAUCCAGGAGAUUGUGGAUUGUAUGUACCCAGUGGAAUAUGGCAAAGACAGUUGCAUCAUCAAAGAAGGAGACGUGGGGUCACUGGUGUAUGUCAUGGAAGAUGGGAAGGUUGAAGUUACAAAAGAAGGCGUGAAGCUGUGUACCAUGGGUCCCGGAAAAGUGUUUGGGGAGCUGGCUAUCCUUUACAACUGCACCCGGACAGCGACCGUCAAGACUCUUGUAAAUGUGAAACUUUGGGCCAUUGAUCGACAAUGUUUUCAAACAAUAAUGAUGAGGACAGGACUCAUCAAGCACACCGAGUACAUGGAAUUUUUAAAAAGUGUUCCAACAUUCCAGAGCCUUCCUGAAGAGAUCCUUAGCAAGCUUGCUGAUGUCCUUGAAGAGACUCACUAUGAAAAUGGGGAAUAUAUUAUCAGGCAAGGAGCAAGAGGGGACACCUUCUUUAUCAUCAGCAAAGGAAAGGUGAAUGUUACUCGUGAAGACUCACCUAGUGAAGACCCAGUCUUUCUUAGGACUUUAGGAAAAGGAGAUUGGUUUGGAGAGAAAGCUUUGCAGGGGGAAGAUGUGAGAACAGCAAACGUCAUUGCCGCAGAAGCCGUAACCUGCCUUGUGAUUGACAGAGACUCUUUCAAGCAUUUGAUUGGAGGGCUGGACGAUGUUUCUAAUAAAGCAUAUGAGGAUGCAGAAGCAAAAGCAAAAUACGAAGCCGAAGCUGCUUUCUUCGCCAACCUGAAGCUGUCUGAUUUCAACAUUAUUGAUACCCUUGGAGUUGGAGGUUUCGGACGAGUAGAACUGGUCCAGUUGAAAAGUGAAGAAUCCAAAACAUUUGCAAUGAAGAUUCUCAAGAAACGCCACAUUGUGGAUACCAGACAGCAGGAGCACAUCCGCUCAGAGAAGCAUAUCAUGCAGGGGGCUCAUUCCGACUUCAUAGUGAGGCUAUACAGAACAUUUAAGGACAGCAAAUAUUUGUAUAUGUUGAUGGAAGUUUGCCUAGGUGGAGAGCUCUGGACCAUUCUCAGGGAUAGAGGUUCAUUUGAAGAUUCUACAACCAGAUUUUACACAGCAUGUGUGGUGGAAGCUUUUGCCUAUCUGCAUUCCAAAGGAAUCAUUUACAGGGACCUCAAGCCAGAAAAUCUCAUCCUAGAUCAUCGAGGUUAUGCCAAACUGGUUGAUUUUGGCUUUGCAAAGAAAAUAGGAUUUGGAAAGAAAACAUGGACUUUUUGUGGGACUCCAGAGUAUGUAGCCCCAGAGAUCAUCUUAAACAAAGGUCAUGACAUUUCAGCUGACUAUUGGUCAUUGGGAAUUCUAAUGUAUGAACUUCUGACUGGCAGCCCACCUUUCUCAGGCCCAGAUCCUAUGAAAACCUAUAACAUCAUAUUGAGGGGGAUUGACAUGAUAGAAUUUCCAAAGAAGAUUGCCAAAAAUGCUGCUAACUUAAUCAAAAAACUAUGCAGGGACAACCCGUCGGAAAGAUUAGGAAAUUUGAAAAACGGAGUGAAAGACAUUCAAAAGCACAAAUGGUUUGAGGGCUUUAACUGGGAAGGUCUGAGGAAGGGCACCUUGACUCCUCCCAUCAUACCAAGCGUUGCAUCACCCACGGACACAAGUAAUUUCGACAGUUUUCCUGAGGACAGUGAGGAGCCACCGCCUGAUGACAACUCAGGCUGGGAUAUAGACUUCUAAUGUAUUUCUCUUACCUGCUUCUGCCUUGCUGAAGACAGCUUUUUCUGAGACACAGCUGCCAGCAAACUUGAGGGAAAGAGAGAAGAUUAGUGCUCGGGGUCACCAUGAUGCCUUUGAUCGAUGCUGCUCCAGUAACUACAGUGGCAUUAGGACUUAUUGCUUAGAUGACAAUAGUGCUCUUUACAUGUUUUCUGUUUGAACCUAAAAUAGCAGUUGACAUGGUGGUCCUGAAGCAAAGCCUUUCACCAGUAAAGUGAUGUUUUCUAUUGUUGCAACGAUCUUGCUUUGCUCUGACUAUAAUUUGAAAGACUGUAGGAAGCACUUCAAUCUAGUAAAAGAGUCUGUACCUUGCUAGACUUUUCAAGAUGAAAGAAUAAUAUAUUGGUACGAUAGAUGACGAUGGUACAGAACCUGGGCUAUCCCCUUUUUUAAAAUGAAGGUUGUGGAACCUAUUACUGCAAGCCGGUGUAUAUACCUUAGAAAAGAGGACCACACAUCUGUGGGUCAUGGAGUUCAUGUCAAACCAGUGCUAGAAGUUUCAUGAUUUUAUUUCCCAGCAGUGCUGAUGACAAGACUGAAUGUUACCUUUUCUUUCUGACAGAUUUUAAAAAUUGAUAUGAUAAAAGCACAACUGCUAUGGAUUCUCCUGAGACCUUUCAUAGCAGGUAUAUAUGCGUUUUAGCAGAGGAUUGAAAAAAAUGCAUGAUAUUCAUUUCUUUUUGAUAAAUUGGCAUGAUAGAGUGGGGGGAAAAGCAAUUCACAAAACCAUUUCAUGUUUUAAAAAAAUAUUGUGCUUAAAGAUGGUCCUGGAAAUAAGUGACUAGCAGCCAAUUGGUUUAACUAUUUACCUAACAUACCCUCAAACUGAGGCUUAAAAUAUUUCCUUUUAUAAAAAUAAACCCUUGAGUUAGGGGUGGGAUAGGGUGGGGAGGGAUUAAGACCCAUCCAAAAAAAAAAAACUAUAUAGGUGCUAUGUAUAUCUUUCAUCUGUAAUGUCAGUGUCUGAACAGACAACACAAAUUCUAAACCUUACAUGUCUAGCCAGAGACUCAAGCAUUUUCACUAAAUUUAUUAAACCAAACACCUGUCAGAUUUCACUUACACAACAUAGUCUAGGUUUGAGAGAAAAAGGUGAUUUGGAAAUCUUUUUGAACUAGCUUCUUGUCUUAGGCCUGAACCAAAAGAGAAAAAAAGAAAAAGAAAGUCAGAAAACACAAUGUCAAAGUUAUUAAAGUUCACAAAACCAGGAAGCUCACUCAUUUGAGGUCAGGAAAGAAAACAAGAAAUUGUCCAGGUGUUGAUUACCUUUUCCUGAAUAAGCCCACACAUUUGUUCAAGUAGAAAAGGGUUAGAGAAGGAAAAAGGAACCUGAGUUCAUAAAAAUUGAUUUUAGCUAAAUAAAACAAAUAUUAGUGAACCUGAAAUUUAUACUAGACUAGAAAUGAAAAUAUCAAACUGAUUUGCUUUUUUUCACAUAAAGAAUCAGCAAAUGAAACCAGGUCCGUUGGCGGCAGGCUGGUUGAACAUUAUUAGCUGUCA